UAAUUAGUGAGCUUUGGGCUGCAGGCAGAUUUAAUCAUAUUUGGACAGAUGUAGGUCUGCAGCUUGAUACAGUUUAAUCCUUUGUUUUGUUCGACGCAUUAUUGUCUCAGUUUAACAUUGACAUCUGAACUCCACCCUCAGCACGUUUCAUUUAUACUGACUGCCUGCUUUGUUUUGYCUUUUACAACAUGCUGAAGAAAUCAAUGCUUUAAAAUGUGAAGAACUCACUUGGAAAAUGAAGUUUUUUUAUACAGUGAUUGUUAUUUAAUAAAAAAAAAGUAAAGUAUGUAAACAUUGUAUAUUUUUAUCUCCUUUUCUGUUGUGGUUACUUAUAUAAAAAAAAUUCCACAGAUGUUAAGAACAAAACUACAGGAAUCAGUGGAAGCUUUAGAAGAGCUCGUUAGGCUCUGGUUUGUUCUCGGAGUUGGAGGUUAAAUAAUUCAGACAAAGUUAGAAACACAGAUGCGACCUGACUUACACCCGCAGGUAUUUAAGUGUGAUGCAGCAGCCUCAGCAGCUUAGCUCGGCCAAUCGGAAGCUGUGAAACCAGCCCACCUGAUGGAGAUUUGAGGAUAACGAGACGGCCGUGAUARAAACUUUCCUACGGUCAGAGGAGCGACGUCUCCAGACACCUUGUCGAGGACGAAGGUCAUCUGAACCACUGAMAGUUUUGUUUUCCUCACAGCUGCUCAGCAGGUAAAAGUCAUGUUGGGCCUGCAGAAGCUUCCCAUUGCAGCAGUUUUCUGUUUCCUUCUUCUUUGCACCUUGUUCCCCAGCUCUGAGGCCCGCCGUGGAGGAGGUGGGUUUGGUCGAGGAGGUGGGUUUGGUCGAGGAGGAGGCGGAGGAUACAGCCGGGGGUGGAGUGGUCAGUCCUACAGGCCUGCACCUGUUCAGAGAAGUGGCCCCAGCGCAGCGAAGGUGGCCGGGGCGGCUGCUGCAGGAGCUAUUGGAGGGUCGAUGAUUGGGUCUGCACUGAGCCGCCCAGGCUACGGAGGGUAUGGAGGGUAUGGGUAUGGAGGGUAUGGAGGUUAUGGGGGAUAUGGAGGAUAUGGACCAGGGUAUGGUCCACCACGAUACCUAGGUGGAUAUGGCCCAAGGCCAGGCUACGAGCCCGAGGGCUCCGGAGACAUGGAGUACUACACCGCAGCCUCCAGUGGGCCCAUCUACAACAGCAUCGUGGUCGUCAUUGGGUUCCUCGUGUCUCUGCUCUGGGUGGCAGUCRUGUAGAGCUGGAGGCAAACCAGUUCCCAGAAAUCCCAAAAUAACCCAUAUAAACUCCUCAUUUCAGAGCAGGUGUUGUACGUAAUUCAGUUCCCCUGUGAAAAUCUGUUCCCCCUGUGUUGGGAGCACCUCCCUCAUAACAUUUAGGAUGCCUGGACCAGAGAUUCUAAGACGGGUCUACAACCUUUACGAUCAAAAGAGCCAUUUCUGCUCCUUGUCUCCAUAUUAAAAUGUGUCGGGAGCCACAAAACAAGCCACAACUGUGAUUAUCAACUGGUGGUCUGUGGGCCUUUUCAAGGCCUUUUUGUUGUUAUUAUUAUUAUAUUAUUUAAUUACACAUCGGGACAAAUGUAAAGAUCAUAUUCAUCACGUAAACAAGAAAAAUACUGUAUAUAGUUUUUACCGAAUUUCACAAAAACUAGUACAACUGAAUUAUUAAUUUUUUUUAUUCCAAUUGUUAUGUAGUCUUCAAAUUAUUUGAAUGUAAUUCUGAUGGAUUUGAGAGAACAAUCAUAGAAGGUAACUGGAAUAUUUAGUUAACAGGUUAGCAUGAGCUAACAUGUUUUAUUUUUUUGUAUUAGUAGUAUGGAUCACAUAUUUGCACACAAAUUUAUUACUGU